AUGAAGGAGAAGUCCAAGAAUGCGGCCAAGACCAGGAGGGAGAAGGAAAAUGGCGAGUUUUACGAGCUGGCCAAGCUGCUCCCGCUGCCCUCGGCCAUCACCUCGCAGCUCGACAAGGCGUCCAUCAUCCGCCUCACCACCAGCUACCUGAAGAUGCGCGCCGUGUUCCCCGAAGGCUUAGGAGACGCGUGGGGUCAGCCCAGCCGCUCAGGGCCCCUGGACAGCGUGGCCAAGGAGCUGGGAUCGCAUCUGCUGCAGACGUUGGAUGGGUUUGUUUUUGUGGUGGCAUCAGAUGGCAAAAUCAUGUACAUAUCAGAAACUGCCUCUGUCCACUUAGGCUUAUCCCAGGUGGAGCUGACAGGUAACAGCAUUUACGAGUACAUCCAUCCGUCUGAUCAUGACGAGAUGACUGCGGUCCUGGCCGUGCAUCAGCCCCUGCACCACCAUUUGCUGCAAGAGUACGAGAUGGAACGCUCCUUCUUCCUGAGAAUGAAGUGCGUGCUGGCCAAGAGGAACGCAGGAUUGACUUGCAGCGGAUACAAGGUGAUCCACUGCAGCGGCUACCUGAAGAUCAGGCAGUACGUGCUGGACAUGCCGCUGUACGACUCCUGCUACCAGAUCGUGGGGCUGGUGGCCGUGGGCCAGUCGCUGCCGCCCAGCGCCAUCACCGAGAUCAAGCUGCACAGCAACAUGUUCAUGUUCCGGGCCAGCCUGGACCUCAAGCUCAUCUUCCUGGACUCCAGGGUGACCGAGCUGACAGGGUACGAGCCCCAGGACCUGAUCGAGAAGACCCUCUACCACCACGUGCAUGGCUGCGACGUGUUUCACCUGCGCUACGCUCACCAUCUGUUGCUGGUGAAGGGCCAGGUGACACAGAUAUACUAUCGGCUGCUGUCCAAGCUGGGCGGCUGGGUGUGGGUGCAGAGCUACGCCACCGUGGUGCACAACAGCCGCUCGUCCAGGCCCCACUGCAUCGUGAGUGUUAACUAUGUGCUCACGGACGUGGAGUACAAGGAGCUGAGACUGUCCCUGGACCAGGUGGCCACGGCCAAGUGUCAGGACUCGUGGCGAGCGACCUUGUCUACCUCACAAGAAACACGCAAGUUAGCAAAGCCUAAGCACAGCAAGACCAAGACGAAGCUGAGAACGGCCCCUUACCCCACACAGCAAUAUAGCUCGUUCCAAAUGGACAAACUGGACUGUAGUCAGUUGGGGAACUGGAGGGCCAGCCCCCCAGUGCCCACGCCCCCUGAACAGCAGCUUCACUCAGACGGCAGUGACCUGGUGUAUGCGCCCCCCUACGGCUUGCCCUUCUCCUACCACUACGGACAUUUCCCCCUGGACGCCCCGGUCUUCAGUAGCAGCAAGAAGCCAAUACUGCCUGCCAAGUUUGGACAGCCCGCGGGAGCACCCUGCGAAGUGGCCCGCUUCUUCCUGAGCACGCUACCAGCCAACGGCGAGUGCCAGUGGCAUUAUGCCAACCCCCUCAUGCCCAGCAGCCCGUCUCCAGCUAAAGCCCUCUCGGAGCCUCCAGUCACCCCCACUCGGCACAGUCUGGUGCCCAGCUAUGAAGGGCCGGUGGCCGCGCGCAGGUUCUCCGAGGACGCCGGGCCGCCCCCUCCGAGCUUCCCGAGCUGCGGCCACUACCGCGGGGAGCAGGCGCUGGGCCCCCCCAAGGCCGCCCGCCAGGCCCGCGGGGACCCCGAAUGCUGCGCGCCGCCGCCCCCCGAAGCCCCCGGCGCGCCGCAGCUGCCCUUCGUGCUGCUCAACUACCACCGUGUCCUGGCCCGCCGAGGCGGGUUGGGAGGCCUGGGGGGCUCUGCGCCCGCCGCGCCCCACCUCGGGGCCGGCCCGGGCACCCCCGACUCACCGGGCUGCGCUCUGCGCCCUCGGCAUCCCGGCCCCAACGCCAGCGCCGCCGCCUCCCCGGGGCCCGGGGCGCCCCUGCCGCACUACCUGGGCGCCUCGGUCAUCAUCACCAAUGGGAGGUGA